CCACGAACACCAUUGAGGCAUACAACGGCUUACUGCGAUCACGAAUCUGCCUCUCUGCCUCUUGCACAAGACUAGAGAUGUCUGGGAACCUCGUCAUCGUGACCUUACCAAGUAACAUAAUGUUACAGAGGUAACUGCGCAUGAGAUCCCAAUACCCUUUAGCUGAAAAAUGACUUGAGGAGAACUUGCGCGCAAGCUGACUCAGGCAUGCGCGACGUAGUAAAGAGAUGCAUGGGAUCUUUCAGGAUGGCGGGGUCGCUGACACGUGGGCCGGCGUUAUCAGCCUGAUGUGCUCUUGGACCAUACACUCAAUACCCACUACCUCGACAAUCAGAUCAUAAUUUCGAGAAGACUUGGGCAACCCGCGCCGGCACACAUGAGCUACCGAUGUGAGACAUGCUCCAAUACGAAUAUCAAGCUCUCGAUCCUUCGAAAAACGAGAUAAGAAUCGUACGAUUUCCAGGUCCUAUCAAGGAAGGCGAGCAUCUUGUCCAAUGCAACAUACAACAUGUUUCUCUGGAUCAGACACUGCCUGAAUACAAGGCAUACCUUCAAGAAACAGAGCCGUUCAGCCCUACUAUCGCCAUUGAGGAUUGGUUGAACGCCGAACAAUCAAGCAAUCUCCUCCCGGACCAUCAGAUAAAGGCAAUUGUUGUUGACGCCUGGAGACAUCCUGCUGGAGAUGCACAAACCAGUGGAGAAAACACAGUUCCCGUACCUCCUCGCUUCACCUGGGGCGACUUCGAAGCUGUUUCUUACUGUUGGGAGUCAGAUGUCCGUGACAAAGUCGUACUGAUUGGCGAUUAUGGUAUUCGUGUUCCUACAAGCCUCGAAGCGAUGCUCCGAGAGUUGCAGAGACUACCUGAAGCACGCUCAGGUAUAGGAUUCUGGGUCGAUGGAUUGUGCAUCAACCAGAGUGACAUACUUGAGAAAAACCAUCAAGUUAGUCUGAUGCAGCGAAUCUAUUGUGAAGCCCUGAGUACGGUAGUCUGGCUUGGCCCUGGCGACGAAGGCAGUAAUCAAGCAAUUGAAGUCUUCAAGACCCUGCACAGGGAUUACCUCGCCUUUUCACUCAUCGAGGUCGAUGGCAAGACUACGAUUCUGGCGGAACCUCAGCGUGAAUUUUCCGGAAUACAGUGGAUGCACGUACUCGACCUCUGGUCUAGAAACUACUUCAAGAGAAUGUGGAUUAUACAGGAACUAGCCAUGAACAAGACACUAUCUAUGUUCAUGUGUGGAAUCCACCGGUUCACACGAAGCGAAUUACGCCAGGGAACCACGUGGGCUCGAGAACAUGCUGGAGCCAUCUCUCGAACCAUACUGAAGGAUGUCCACCCGAAGUCAUUGCCCGAGGAAGUCGAUCACGACUACGUCUGGCGCUUAGCCAAUCAUGUCGCCGAUCUCAUCAGGUUGGACGAUACUCCGUCGAUUGAUCACAUCUUUAACCUCGCCCGAAAAUCUCAGGCCACAGAUCCAAGGGACAAAGUCUAUGGCUUGCUGGGUUUGCUACCAACGCGGAUCACAUCGUACCUUAAGCCCGACUAUUCCAAAUCUGUGGAAGAAGUGUAUACAGACCUGGCGAUCUCACUACUCAGGAGUUGCAGCAGGCUCGAUGAAGUCUUGUCUUGGUGUGCUUUCACUGAAGGAAGCACACUACCUUCCUGGGUACCAGAUUGGACGACCAGUCACCAGCGCAAUCAUCUCCAGUGGCUGCGCAAACGUGAAGCUGGAGGUAAUGAGCGCCCAGUCUGGUCGUUACGGAAUCGCGGAAAGUCACUUUGCCUCAGAGGUGUCAAGGUCGACCGAAUUGAGUCCUCGAGUCGAUCGACUUCCUCCAUCCUACCGUACCGAGCUGUCAGCCCACCAAACCCGGCAUUGAAUAUCGGGAAUCCUACUUUUGGUCGUUAUCUCAACAAGCCACAGCUUACAAUGGCCUUAGACCGCACCAUAUUGCAAGAUCAUCCACACCGGUACGAGCAAGGUGACCUUACUGGUGUACCAUGGAUUCGAUGGGGCGAUGCAAAGCAUUGUGAGGCGAAACAUUUGCUGGAGUUGAUCCCUGGUGUGACCGAUCAAUGGAAGAUCUUCGAUCGGUUCCGACAGAGCAAUGCAGAUUUCAAUAUAUUUGGUCAUACGUUACAAGACUUCUUCCCGAACACGGGUGACUACAGCAAAGACUUGGUUUAUACGCCAAUUGAUUCUGACUCCAUUGAUGAGUUCAGCAUGGUCUAUGGAAAUCCCGAAGACGAUGGCAACCCUCGACUAUUAAGGGUCAGCAACCUUGAACAUGGAUACAACAACCAUCACGCCUCUAAUAUUAGGAGGGCAGCCGUGGCUCUCCAGAAGCGACGGCUCAUCACAACUCGAACUGGAUUCCUCGGACUCGCACCCGAUGAGGUCAAGAUUGGAGAUACUGUUGCUAUCUUGUUGGGUUGCAAUCAUCCUGUUGUUUUACGUCCACACGAAGAUGGGUUCAAAUACGUUGGAGAGUGCUACAUCCAUGGUCUGAUGGAUGGUGAAGCUGUUGAAGCGGCAUACCACGGCGAAUGUCAGUUUGAAGAUAUCUCGAUUGUGUAAGGGGUCGACAAAUCUACCAGGCAUAAGGGCCUUUAGGCUGUAGCGAGGCAGUGGUACACUUCUAGGUUCGCUGUUAUAUUUCUAUGCAACCACACACUCAAGGCCUGCCUGCUUGCGGGUCACGUAUCCUAUGUCUAUUCUCUUCCAUUGAUGGCCUGUCUCGGCUAACGAAGAAAUCAGAGGGCUAUCGCCGUUUCAUCCAGUCGGGAUAGUCAGAGAUUGUUCAGUUGCCAACGAAACUAAUCCGAGGUCCAUUUCCAUAAU